AUGGCAUCAGAUAUCACUUCUUCAGCGAAGCCUCUAUCCGUGACAUUGCGAGGAACAGAGCAAGGUCUGGUCGGUGACGGCACCUGUUAUGAACACAGCUUCCCUCGAUACGACAAGGCAUACCUCGGUCUCAAUAGCGAGACGCCACUGGUGUUCACGGAAGCUGGGCAAAAGGGCCUCCGCGCGCCAUGGGACUCGUGUACUAAGGACCAACCCAUGGUCCAUCCUCUGAACACGAGUCGACUCCGUGCCGACUACCCCCGAAGCUUCGCAGCCAUGAACGGCCUGCAACCCUAUGGGAACACGAAGGCACGGCUCUUCCCCGAUGAUGGAGAUCCGAUCAACCCUCGACUACUCCCACACGCCCUAACAGUUGUGGAAAUGCUCAGUCCUGAAUGUGCCAAGCAGCUAGCCCCAAAGCUCAGAGCCUCUCAAGAAAGGCUCUCGGGACAGUCCAGGAACCUUGGACCCGCUGGUCAAGUUAAAGCUGUCAUAUCAUAG